AUGUUUUGCUAAUUAAAUGUCGUCGAUAAUGAGGAUAACUCAUUCAGCAGCCAUAUCCACCCGAUAGAGUCUGACUCGAUCUCCACCAACGAGGACAGCUCACUCAUAGACAACACCACUUUACUCGGAACCCGCAAGCACAGUCUUAACAGCGAUGACACCUUCGAACCCACCAAGAGACAAAAGAUCGACACAGAUAAAAGUCUUAAUUCUAGAUCAACCUACUCAGUCGAGAACACUGAAAAUCUGUAGGACAACAAGUCAGCUACCUCAGCCAAUUAAACCAACCAGCAGUUCAGCUGCUUCUUCCCACAGUUUGAAGCUGACUUCCAAGAGAUCAAGCUAAGAAAGCGAGACGCAAAAGGCGAUGACAAAAAUUUAGGCGCACCAUACUGGAGUCCAAACUUCAUAAGUUCUAGUUCCAAUAAUAAACUUUCAAAUAAUCCAAAUCACGUCUACUUUACUCCUAUAAUUGGAUCCAAUUCCUCAACUGCUUUGGCAAGUGACUAGACUAGCAAGCAAACAGCUACUACGACUGCAACCAAGUCUAAAUCCCAGGACAAAUGCUAGAUAUUCGACAAGGCCACCCUACUAGCCAAGAAAUUCAAGGGAGAGUGCCUUUCUCAGAGCUACAGUAUUUGCAAAGGCAAAAAUUCACUUAAAUUUAAAUGCCUAAAUAGCCAUACUUUCUACAUUCCUGUUGAAUCCCUAGAAAACAUUGAAAUUUCAGAGAUCAGUAUCCCCACUUCCUCCUCUAAAAGUGUUAAGAGCGCCGCUCCCUCAGUUAAGAUCAUGUGUUCACCCAAUGCAUCAGAAGACUGGUGCUACAAGUGCAAAAAGUUCUACAAGAACUGCCAAGAGGUGGCGGCCGAGCAUAGUAUUAACGUAGUGGAAGGACUAUUUAAUAACAAAAUUACCUUAAAAUGCGAAAGAAGAGACCAUUGCUUCAAGAUUUCCUACACUAAGAAGCUUCAUACCCUAUCCUGCAGUGAUUGUCGCAAAGAAGAACGCGAAGAAUGGAAAGAACAACUCAGGCAAGAGGAGCAGAAGAAAAAUGAGUACUACUAGCAACAACAGAAAGAACUUUUUGAAAGAGCUAAGAGAGAAAUGGAGGGCGAAAGAGUACCAAACUAAGCUUAAUGGAACAACACUAAUAAUACCAGCAGCAACAGCACCUAUGACUAAGGGUAUUAUAGAGGAGGGUAUAGUGAUUGUUCCUGGAACGCCAAUUCUUCCUCCUCGUCUUCGAAUACUUCCUCUUCACAGGGCAAGACUAGUAGUUGUAGUGGUAGUGGUAGUAAAUAUAGUUACUUCUAAGUCCUUGAAGAACAGAUUAACCUUUAAGCACAAAAACUGACUCUGGAGUACCUGAAAAAAAAUAAAGGUACUGACAAUAAUAAUAAUAAUGUGGACAGCGAAAAGGUGUUUAUAGUAUACAAGUUUAUACAUACACCGAUAGAGGCACUGAUUACAGGAAUGAGUUAGAUGAUGCGUGAGCAAGCGAUUCAGUACUUUAGGAGGUUAGCUAAGCUUUUGCACCCAGAUAAGAAUCAACACCCCUUAGCUAAGGAAGCUUUCCAGAAGUUAUCUGAAGCCGUCUAGGCCGUCAGUGCUACUUCUGGUAGAGCUGCUCUAGGCUUAAGAUUCGCUGCUUUUUACUCCCAUUAUGGGGUCAAAGGUUUUCGGAACCUUUUCGAAUAUUUCGAAGAGGGGAAGACGACUGGAGCAUCUCACUUGGGGCUUAAGUUGAAGUUUGUGAAUCUUUCUCUAGAUGGAAUGGCUGCGAAGUUUGUGCCGUCAUUUGACUUCUGA